AUGGCGAGGCGGGAAGAAAAGCACGAUGAAAUGAGCAGCGGCUUGCUCGAUCAGUUCUAUGCGCAGUACAACACUAGCACUAAUCAUAAUACCCAAAAUCGUACGAGGCAGCAGCAGCAGUCGCCGCCACCGCCACCGCCACAGCCAGCACUUCAACCGCAUGGCAUGCCGAGCUCCAUGGCUUUCAAUUGGCAACUUGAAUCGCUUCUUAAGCAGAAGAUGCUCGGCACCCACAUUUCCAGGUCUCACAGGGUUUUCCAGAUUCAGGACAUGAAAAAUCAGUACAGCCUCCAGCUGCUAGAGAAGUCAGGCAAAGUGGCUCAUCAUGCUUUUGCUGCUACUGUUUCGGGCAGGAAGGUGACAGAACAACCCUUCAGACACUUGGUUAAUUUGGUUCAGCUGAUAUCCCGGGAAGCAUUAAGUGCUGCUGUGGAAGAGAUUUGGUCCAUUGUCAGCUUGAGUGACCUUGCCCCUGGGGAGAUGAGGAUGAAUCAUUGGGGUGACGUAGUUUCUAGUUCCUCAUUUGAUACCAGCAUAUCAAAUGCUAGGAUUGAGAUAAAUCCAGCUCUUCAAGAAGAAGUAAGAGGGAUAAAUCAGCGGCUAGUCGAGACUAAGGUGGCUAUUAUUCUAGAUGGUAAUGCAAGGACCAUAAUGAAGUGCUCGUUUAAUGCAGUCUCCAUCUCGCCAAUGCAACCAAUUGAGCCCUUGAAAUUGCUUGUCCCUGCAAACUAUCCUCAUUCCUCUCCUGUAUUCCUGGAAACUAUGCCAGUGGAUAUCGGUGGCGAGGAUGAUCUUUCUGUAAAAGCAAAGUCAAGAUUGAACCGGUGCCUGAGAAGUCUGCUUCAUCCACUGACGUUGGAGGACAUAGUGCAGAAUUGGGAUGUUUGUGCAAGACAAGUCAUUACUGAGUAUGCACUAAAGAAAGGUGGUGGGAGCUUCAGCUCACAGUACGGAACCUGGGAAACUGUAUGAAGUGAUGCUGCCUACUAAAAGGAAGAAAGCGAAACAGAAACAGGAAAAGGAGGCUUUCGUUUAGACUCAGAGUAAAUACACAUUGGAAUUUUGAUAAUGCAGCUGCGAAAUAGGGGAUUUUGGGGUCUUUCCUAUUAUCAAUAGAUAGCACACAAUGUAGUAUGUACAUACACAGUUACUCUAUCAGCAAC